GCGUGGAUAGCAUAGCAAAAUCUGUUGAAACUUAGAUAGCUAUUUACCCAGUACCUCUAAAGAAAACAAUGCUUGUUGGUUUGUGUUUCGGACAAACUCUGGGAUAAAUCUACUUGUGUUUCUAAGGAAAAGCCAUGAGUUGUACUGAUCUUAUGUAUCAGUUUUAUCCGCCGUAUUUCUCUCAUAAAACGACACCUUCAGAAAACGGGAAACUUACCAAUCCAGUUCCGUACGAAAGUCAACACGUGACAGCGCCAGGAAGUUACUGCUGUCCUGGAGAUGUGAGACACACUAAAAUCAGGGAUACGGAUCCAACAUCGGAUAUACCAGAUCCGGAAUCUCAGCCGAAAGGGUCCCAAUAUUUCAAUGCUAAUUGUGUUUUGUUGACUUACUUUAAUGGUGAUACAGCUACAAAUGUUGAUGAACAUUUCUCGAGAGCACUCAGCCAGCCGAGCAGUUUUACAUUGGAAAAAAACGGAUCUCAGAAUCUCCGACGCUCCGAUACUCCCCUAAUGUGUCAACGCAAACUACCUCCUUCCUUCUGGAACAGUGCCUACCAACCUCCUAGACCAUCAUUCGCUUCCGGAAGUAGUGCGGACUAUCCGAGGGACUAUUUGACGUCGCCGUGGUAUACACUGUCCAAUAACUGGCCAUAUCAUUUCGCCGCAUCUCAAUCGUACUCUAACGCACCUGACUUUGCCCGAUCCUUUCCAUAUUCAUCCUUUGACUCAGCCAGUAAACUUGGUCCAUCUUAUCAAUCAUUAAUGUUAAGGAGUGGAUUUGACUCGAGAAAUUCAAAAUAUGAAAUGUCCAAACUAUCAGACUCUUUACAAGGAGCUGGAAGUUAUUAUGCAUCAUUACAAAGAUUUGGUGCGGAUUUAUCUUCAAAUGUGAACUACGAUUCGUCAACGACAUCAUCGCUGGACUAUCCGCUACAGAGUAUGAGGAAGGAUAUUUGUUGGUAACGUUCAGAAACAUCAAACCAAAUGUUCUUCGUCAUCAUACGGCGGUGUCGACGUCAGACAUAUCAUAGUUAUGGUAUGUCGCCCAUACCGAAAUAUAAUGAUGACCACACCAGUAACAAUUCAAAAUGAGGAUAGAAAUGAAUGAUUACGUAAGAUAGUAAAAACAAACGUCUUUUCACCCGCAAACAGGGAACCACCGACACAAAACUCAUAAUAAUGGAGGUGUAUGCUUGAGAACGAUUAAUAUGACAUAAUAAUGGAGGGUAUGAUUGAGAACGAUUAAUAUGACUCAAUUCGAACAAGCAAUAUAUCACCAUAUAGGUUUCUAGAAUAAUUUAUCUCUGGAGGAUACACCAUAUACCGGAUACAUAGUUUUGUGAAGCUGUCUUCCUACAAACUUUACAUGAUUUACAAUCAAUGUUACUUCUGUUGAUGCACGUUUAAAACUUGCUUUCAACUUUAUUUCCUGUGUUAAAUGUUAUAAGAGGUAUUUUUUCAUCAACGCUGAAGGACAGAAGGACAGCGAUAAUAGAGAAAGAUGUUUGACAUUGUUUUCUGUAUAUAAUAGUGAAGAAAGUAUUGUCCGAUUAUUUUUGUCAAUAAAAUGUAUG